AACCCAGCAUCUCAUUCCUUAAAUCAGCAUCUUAUUCCUUGACCGCCUUAAGCCAGCUUGUUAUUCCCGCAGAUACAAAUUGAACUCCUUCUGGGUCACAAUCAGCACUUUUGUCUUAUUGAGGUUGUUGCUAGCUGCUAAUGCUAACUGCUCAGCCCGCGCUUAUCCAGUCAGUGAAUUGGAAGCUAACACACUAGCAACAUUUAGAAGCUAACACACUAGCAACAUUUAGGAGCUAACACACUAGCAACAUUUAGGAGCUAACACACUAGCAACAUUUAGGAGCUAACACACUAGCAACAUUUAGGAGCUAACACACUAGCAACAUUUAGGAGCUAACACACUAGCAACAAUAGCCUUGGAGUAAACAGGUCAAUGGUCGUGGAGGGCCCCAUACAGCUUGUGUGCCUCACAGCCAGCAGCGGGGUCCCCCUUUUUACCAGGGGGGCCUCCAGGCAGCUCCCCUUCUCCAUCAUUGGCUCCCUGAAUGGGGUGCACAUGUUUGGGAGUGGCCACGGCGUGCUGUUGUCCAGCUGUGAGACGGAAGGAGGUGAAAAAGUGGUGUGGCGAGUCUUCCAGGACAGCGUGAUGCUCAUCGCCACCAGCGCAGGCCACCAAGCGGGCAGCAGUAAAGGGGAGCCGGUGCACCUCCAGCGCCUCCUGGAGAACGUGUGGAGCUGCAUGGUGAUGGUGCUGGGCCAGGACGAGUUGGCCAACGUGAGGAACGUAGAGCGACUCAAGAAGGACCUGCGCGCCUGCUUCGGCCUCAUCGAUGAGCUGCUGGAGGACCGGCGGGACGGCGUCCUGGGCCUGCUGACGCACUGCACCGACUGCCUGCUGCCGCCGCAGCCGCCACUCCUUCAGGAGGCCGUGCAGGGCUUCGCCGCGGCCGCGGACAGCGAGUUCGGCUGCCUCCUCGUUCACGGGCGGGUCGCAGCCGCCACGGAAAUGUGGUGGCGCCUGGCCCCGCAGGAGAUAGUGCUUCUCUCCGCGUUGAUGCGCUCGCUCUCGGACUCUGCGUCCGCCUCCUGUGACUACCCCGUGUUUCUCCCUCAAGGCAGCCCCACCGUGGCGCACCGCCUGCUCCGCUUCCAGCUGCUGCCCGGUGCUGACGUGUGCGUGCUGUGCGGGCCCACGCCCUCCCUACACCACACUGAGAGCGGCCUGGUGGGUCGCUUUUGGUCGCCCCUGGUGGACAUCUUGAGAAAUUGCCUUGCCGUCGGGGAGCGCUGCCUCCCGGCGUCCGUAUCUCUACAGCCGGAUGUCUUAGCCUUUCUCCUCAUCAACCGCGAGAACCACCGCUCGGUCUCCAGCGUGCUGCACCCGUUAUGUCCUCACCUGCAAGAUGAUCCCGCUUUAACCUCUAAAACACGCUGCUGGGAACUCCUGAAGCUCUUCUACAUCCUUUGCAUGACGCGCUACUUCAAGCAGGGGGAAGCAAGUCCUCCAAAAGAGGAGACGGAGGAGGGAGCCCCCACAGAGGACUUAGUACAUGGACUCUCCCACCAGCCACUGCAGUGCUAUUUGGUCACAGACGAGUGUAAAAGCUUUGGACUUCAGACGCCACAACAUCAGCUUUUCCUGCUCUUUCCUCUGGCGGUGCCGACAUUUGCCCUGCACACUGUCGCCGCACACACACUCGCUUCCAUAACGACAUCUACUUUCUUCUAAUGAGGGCUUUUACCAAGACCAAGGCCAAAAAGUGCCUUUUUUUUAACACUUCUCUUUUGUUACAGAUAAUCCAGGUCUGGGCGAUAUAUCAAUGAGUUCAAGUUUUCUGUUGCGGACAAUUUAAAAAAUUAAAAAAUCAAUGUUUUUCCCCUCUUCCUCCGGUAUACUUUUUGCCCCCAUGAGCUUCCGUAGUCCUCUUAUUUACUUGGCUAAAAGGCAGCGUUCUUUGGUGGCAUCAUUGACACAAGGUGCCAUGUAUGAUGCUACUAGAAAACAAAAGGAUGCACAGAAAGAUCACUAAAGAAGUUGUUCUGCACAUCCAAACCAAUGAUUCCACAUUCAAUCAUCAAUAUAGUGAUAUAUAUUACAUGUGCAAUACAUUGUCUUUGACAUCACUAACAAGUCAUCCUAAUGUUUUACUUCAUCUUUUAUUUGCAUAUGAUGUUCAAUACUACAUUUUUAUUCACAUAAUUAUUUUAUUCAAGACGAAAGUUUUACAUUUGCACUGUACUGAUUUGAUUUCUGUUACUAUUUAUUGGAGUUUAUUUGCAUCCAAUGUGCAACAUAUUUUUGUGAAUAGAAGUAUUUUAAUCAACACAGAUGCUGGAAGUUGUGACUAUUAAUCUCAAUGUUGGAAAUGAUCCCUUUGCAUGCAAUGUACAAUUGUACAUUUUUGUUUACAGAAGUGUUUUAUUCUAGACAGAAGUAUUGCCUCCUGUUUAGUUAAUGGAAAAUAUUUGCAUGAAAAGUACAAUUUAUAUCUAGUAUAGAAAAAGCAACAUUAUACAAAUUUGGAUUUUGUUAAGAGUAAGUUACGGUGUAUUCAU